AUGGAUCUAUCUAAGAUAAUAAAGACGAGAGACGCUCAAAAGGCAGUUAUUUCGAGACAUUUAGAGAAAUUAGAGGCUUCAGUGGACGACGAAGAACAGUUUCAUACAGUACUUAACGUUUUGCAGACUAAGGUGAAGUUAAUAGAGGAUGUUAACGAGAAGAUUUUAUCCCAGACUGAUGAAGAUGAUUAUGAAGCUGAGAUUCGAAUCCGGAACCUGGAGGCACAACUAAGAAAACAGACCAAAGACCAUUUACCGCCACCAUUGCUCAAUCCCGUAGAUUUGCCGCAAUAUGAGCAGCCUAGAAACAGUACGAACAGUGCAACCACCGCAGAUCGUUCAGGAAAUACUACCGACAGCACUUCCGGCAGAGAACCUAAGAUCUCUCAGGAGAAAAUGGAGUCAUAUAUUAGAGGGUUACAGUCACUUGGGCAGUGCCAAGAUUCGUAUGGAAAUCUUCUGGUUCCCCUGAUAAUAGAGAAGCUUCCAACUGAAAUCAUUAGAAAUAUGACACGUGAACAUGGCAGCAGUAACUGGCAACUUCCGGAACUAAGACAGGCAUUGAAGAAAGAAAUCAACAUUCUAGAGUCGGGGCAGCCGACACAUUCACCGGAAUGUCAUAACGCUACAGCUUCAUUCUUCACCGGAACGAGACCAAAUCCCACGAGCACGCGCAAACAUCAUACGACAAUUUCAGAAAGAUCAAAACGCCUAAGAUGCCCAUUCUGUGACGAUCAUCACUUUGCUUGUGACUGCAAGAAGCUUUACCACAGCUCCUACCCCCGCAUACACAAAUAUGAACACUACAGCCCCAGGAUUCCCCCAGCCCCUACUCCCGUCAACAGAGAUAAUGUUAUAUCCGGUUCUAGUGGACAGUCCGCUAUACUCCAUUCUACUACGCAAUCAAGACCAAGUGUUUUAUUGAAGACCGCUGUUGCCAAGGUAACGUCUGACGGCAAUUGUACAGAUGCUAAUUUAUUGUUCGACGAGGGCGCACAGAGAUCAUUUAUUACAGAGGAACUAGCAGACAAACUUCAACUUAGCCGAAGUGGCACAGAGGUCGUACAGCUUGCAGCGUUUGGGUCGUCUUCGAUGAAAGUCAGCCAUAAAAAUAAAGCAACCGUGUAUUUGUUGACUGAUAACAGAGAGAGGAUAGAGAUAGAUGUUCUCAUAGUACCAACCAUUGCUGUACCAUUGAGAAACUUACAUCGUACCACAUCAGCACUUCCGUAUCUUAGAGGGCUUAAACUUGCACAUCCUGUUACAGAAGAUGAAACAUUCAACAUAUCGCUAUUGAUUGGUGCUGACAAAUACUGGGAGAUCGUUGGAAACCGAGUAGUCCGAGGCAACGGUCCGACUGCGGUCCAGUCUAAGAUAGGAUACCGACUGUCCGGACCACUUCCGAUACAAUCAACAGAUUCGGCUACAGAUUACAUCAUGAACCUCAUUACAUCCCCGCCAGAUGUGUCAGACUUAGAGAGAUUCUGGAAGUUAGAAUCAUUAGGUAUCAGCCAUGAAAAAGACGAGGGAACUACUUCUGACUAUCUUACGACCUAUCAGAUGAACUCAAUUGAAUUCAAGGACAGUCAUUACUCAGCGAAGUUACCAUGGAAACGUGAGCAUCAACCAUUACCCGACAACUACAACAUCACAGUAAGACGAACAGAGAACACAAUCCGGCGACUUCGUCAAGACCCGGAUAUGUUGCAGAAAUACGGCAAGAUAAUUGCAGACCAAGAGAAACGAGGUUUCGUAGAAAGAGUUGUAGUUGACUAUACCCAGAACCAGAUACACUAUAUCCCACAUCACGCCGUGAAGAAAGAUUCGGCUACUACGCCUAUCCGAAUAGUAUUUGAUUGUAGCUGUCGACAGAACAAAGAUUCCCCUAGUCUGAACGACUGUUUAGAAUCUAAUCCCCCAGAGCUCAACGACUUGACUGGUAUCCUUAUGAGAUUUCGCCUACAUAGAUUUGCCGUAUGCACCGAUAUUGAAAAGGCGUUCCUGCACGUGCAACUAGACGAGAAAGACCGUGACGUAACGAGAUUCCUGUGGUUGAGCGACAGCAACAAUCCAUACAGCAGUUUGGUGACUUACAGGUUCAAAUCCGUUCUAUUUGGCGCUACUUGUUCACCAUUUUGCACGCGACACUUAUGA